GGUAGGUAGAAUUAGAAAGGCUUGAUUGAGUCUUGGUUGACUUGACUAUUAAGUGGUGGUAGGUAGUUUCUUCUGCAGCGACGAUCAUCAUCGGAGAUCAACCUCCACCGUUUCAUCCUCAAGCUAUGCACCGAGGCGAACCUUCGGCACUGGAUGAUAAUAUUAAUAAUAACGACAACAACAAUGAUGAUGUUGACCACCAAUCAGGAGGGGGGAUAGUGGUGAGAGAGCAUAUGUUGAUGUUUGACAAAGUGUUGACUCCAAGUGACGUAGGCAAGCUCAAUCGAUUGGUGAUUCCUAUACAGCACGCAGAGAGGUAUUUCCCCAUGAUUUAUUCAAGCAACGACAAGGGUUUUCUUCUUAACUUUGAAGAUAGGAAUGGAAAACCAUGGAGGUUUAGGUAUUCUUUUUGGAACAGCAGCCAAAUCUAUGUGAUUACUAAAGGUUGGGGCACUUUUGUUAAAGAGAAGAAGCUACAUGCUGGAGAUAUUGUUUCUUUCCACAGAGGUGUCGGUGGUUCUGCUACCGGUCGGGUGUUUAUCAACUGGAGGCACCAAAAUUUGAGUGUAAGAGGAAUUUCAAUGCCAAUUUCCGAAGCUUCAAAUUACCAGCAAAGAACCAUAUCAACUAACUUUGUUCAUCGCUUAGAGAAAUCAAUUAAACUCUUUAAGACAGAAUCUGAGUUUAAUAAACCAGACUCAGAUGAAGAAGAAGAAACGGAUUCCGUGAAAACGACGAAAGAAUCUUUAGAUGGUCUCAUGAGUUACCUCAGAGAGAUGAUGGUAGGGUAUGAAAAUGAGGUAGUGCUGGCUUUAUUGAAUGAAUUGGAAGACUUAGUGGCUAGUUAUGUUUGGCCUGAGGAUAAGGUGAUAAUCAUCUGUGAACAACUCUGUAACAUCAGAUAUAAUUCAAAUGUAGAGGAAGAAAAAGCUCUGGUGGGUUUUGAUGAUGAAAUAGAAACACUACUUGAUCAACUUACUGCAACUUCAACAAAGCAGUUCCAGAUUAUCUCAAUUACAGGACUGGCUGGGCUUGGAAAGACCACUUUGGCUAGAACAUUAUACAACCAUGACUUAGUUAAGUAUAUGUUCGACUUUCGAGCGUGGACUUGUGUUUCUCAAGUAUACCAACAGAAGGAUUUGUUACUUGGCAUAUUAAGCUCUUUUAUGGAUGAUCUUACAGAUGACUUUUACGAAAUGAGCGAGCACCAGUUGGGGGAAAAAUUAUACCGAAAGUUAAAGGGUCGUAAAUAUUUGGUGGUCUUGGAUGAUAUAUGGGAUUGUAGGGUCUGGAACGAUAUUCAAAUGUAUCUUCCAGAUGACAAAACCGGAAGCCGUGUUCUAUUUACUAGCCGUGACAUAGACGUGAGUUUACAAAUAAAGUCAGCAAGACCUGCUCAUGUUUUGCGCCUUCGUACUAAAGUAGAAAGCUGGGCCAUAUUUGAGAAGAAGGUGUUUAGAAUGGGAAUAUGCCCUGGUGGAUUGGAGAUAUAUGGAAGGAUGAUAAUUGGAAAAUGUGAAGGUUUUACUCUUGCAAUUGUUAUAGCUGCUGGUCUAGUGAAAAAUAAUCUUUCUGUCACCUGGUGGGAGCAAAUUGCUAAUAGUCUGCAUUCAUAUAUGGUUAGUGAUCCAAGACAAUACAUAGAAUCACUGACUUUAAGCUACGACCAUUUGCCUCAUCACUUAAGACCGUGUUUUCUCUUUUUGGGAGCAUUUCAUGAGGAAGUCCCCGUGACAAAGCUGAUUUGGCUAUGGAUUGCUCAAGGACUCAUAGAUGACACCGGAAGCAGAACGCUGGAGGACAUUGCAGUGGAUUUCUUGCUGGAUUUAAUUAGGAGAAGCUUGCUGAUGGCGUCCAGAAAAAAGUCUGACGGCCAAGUUAAAACUUGCCGCAUCCAUGACUUAUUGCAUGAUUUUUGCUUGAGAAAAGCUGAGGAAGAAAAUUUUCUGCUAAACAAUUAUAGGUAUGGCAUCAUCUCAUCAAUGCUUUGCUUUCCGUUGGAGCUAGAAAAGUCUCUACAAGAGGGUGGAUCAAUUCAAAUCGACACAUACAAAUUUCUUAAGAUUUUGGAUCUAGAGUCCAUUCUUAUCUCCUUAUUCCCUUUAGCUGUGGUUCACAUGGUUAAUCUGAGAUACCUGGCCAUUAAAGCACAUGAUGGAAGCCUCCAUGCAUCAAUAUCAAACCUCAUGAAUCUACAAAUGCUCAUCAUAUCCUCAAGGAAGAAUAUCGUUUUACCAAAAACAAUAUGGAGCAUGCUAAAUCUAAGGCACCUAUAUAUGAAAUCAGGGAUAAACCUUAUGGAGGAGCCUAGUUUUCUACAAGUUACAGAGAAAGAUGGACCAAGUGCAUUGGCUAGCUUACAAACCUUAUCCCAAGUAAGUCCUAGAUCUUGCCACAAUGUAUUUUCAAGGACUCCAAAUCUUAGGAAGCUUGGGUUUUGUGGAUCCUUAAUAUCAAUGUUAGGUGAUCUGGAAUUUCCUGAUUUAGGCUCUCUAUAUCACCUUCAAAAAUUGAAGUUACAUAAUACAUUUUGUUACCCUGAACCAACGAGAUCAUGCAAUCCUUAUAAUUUUCCUGAAAAGAUUCAGAGACUGACUUUGUUAAAUACUUGUAUGGAUUGGGGAGAAAUGUGGACCUUUGCAUGGAUGCCUAACCUUGAGGUUUUAAAAUUAAAACUUAAUUCAUGCAUUGGAGGAAAAUGGGAGACAGGGGAUGCAGAGUUUCGGAAACUCAAGGUCUUGAAAUUGCAUGAUCUGGACAUAAAGCAAUGGGUUUGUUUCAGGGAUAAUUUUCCUAGGUUGCAACGUUUGGUGGUUCAUCGUUGCUUAAAACUUGACAGCGUCCCGGCGGCUCUUGGGAAGAUUUUAACUUUGGAGGUGAUUGAGGUGAAUGGAUGCAGCCUCUCUGCAUAUAGAUCUGCAGUGGAAAUUCAGAAAGAGCAAGAGUCUGAAGGUAACAGUUUCUUGAAAGUCCACGGAAAAGAAAAUUUCUAAGACACUUAUGUUUAAGAGUAGUGAUUGAAAUCUUUCAUGUGAAAGUUUUGUGGGUCUAAGCUUUGAGCUAACAGAAGUGUGUGUUUUCUUCAUCUGUCUGAUUGCUUUCUGUUCAAAAUAAAAGCAGCUUGAAAACUUUAUCUAAAUAUAAAACAUUGCUUUUGAACUACAUUUGAUUAAUAUG